AUGGACAUAAACAAUUUUUUGAACUACCACAAAAAGAAUAAAAACAUACGCAUGUUAUAUUCAUUUUUUAAUAAGUGGAAGCAAGUUUUUUCAUCAGUUCUAUCAACAUAUUGCACAGCACUUCAACUCUUAAAUGGUACCACUCUGGAGUUUUCAAGUGACAAUAUCAUAAUUUUUCCAAAUUUACUGGCCGAUAAUUUAAAUAAUAAUAUUGCCGUUGAUACUGAUAGCAAUUUAACAACUUGUUGCUGUGGUAGACGAUGUAAAGGGAGAAAAGAAGCGGAUUCCAAAUUGACGUCAUCUCCGAUGCAACAGAAAGAAUCUCCACCGCCGUCAACAUCAACGUCGCCGCCAACAUCAUCGCCACCGGCAAACAACAUCACGAACAAUAAACCACUCCCAGGGAUAAAAUUACCCAAAACAACAACUCAUUGGCUUGAAGCCAAUGCAUAUUUCUACUCUCAAAUAGCAACACUGCCAAACAUUACUGACAUCAAUAACUUCACUACCACUCUACAAACACUAAUAUACAAUUAUUUCGCAUCAAACUACGGCACUCUUAAUCAAAAAUCAAGCUCAAUAACAACACUCGAUAAACCAAUCAACAAACUAAAGUCAGAAUUGAAACAAUUAAAGCUGCUAGGCCGUAACAACCACAAUUUUGACGUCCAAAUUAGCACGCUGAGCAAACAUAUUAGAUCAAAAAUAUCAUCAGCAAAAGCGAUAAAAGCUGAAAAAACAGUCAAUAUCACAAGCCAAUUAAAACAAAAAUUCUGGGCAACGUGUGAAAAAUUACUAAAUCCGACAACCGCUCUGUUACCACUGUUUAGCGUCGAAGAAGCCAACAAAUUUUUCAACAAAAUUUUAAAAGACCCAUUUCACAAUAAAUAUCGCCUUCCAAAUUGGAUCGAACCUCUAACGAUCCCUUCAAUUGCCUGCAAUACCAAUCCUCCUAUGUACAAUGAAAUAUUCUCAAUAAUCAAGAAAUGCAAGUCGAAAGCAUCUCCUUGUCCUCUAGAUCAAAUGUCAAUAAUAAUUCUCAAAAAAUGUCCCAUACUUCGCACAAUCCUUUAUCUAUUACUGCAUGAUGUGGUUGAACCUGUGCUGUCGACUGCCUUCAAAAGUAGUAGCAAGGACUGUGUUGUUUAA